GUGAGCAGCUGGCGAGCUGGGGCUUGGAGUGGCCGUAGUCGCGCGCGCCCCGGAUUCACCCCGAACAACUGAGACCUUGGAGCAGGCGCCAUGUCCCAGAAUUCCAGGGACCCCCGCCCCGUCCCGCACCGCAGCAAGGCCUGUCGCUGCCUCUUCGGGCCCGUGGACAGCGAGCAGCUGCAGCGAGACUGCGACGCCCUCAUGGCCAGCUGUCUCCAGGAGGCUCGAGAGCGGUGGAACUUUGACUUCGUCACCGAGACCCCCCUGGAGGGCGACUUCGCCUGGGAGCCCGUGCGGGGCCUGGGCCUGCCCAAGAUCUACCUGAGCCCCGGGACCCCGGGCGACCUGGGAGGAAGCAAGCGGCCCAGCACCUCCACCGCCCUGCUGCCGGCCACCGAUCAGGAGGACCACGUGGCCCUGUCGCUGUCCUGUGCCCUCGUGCCUCGCUCUGCCGAGCUGCUCGACGGUUCCCCGGCUGGGCCUGGAACCUCUCAGGGCCGAAAACGACGGCAGACCAGCAUGACAGAUUUCUACCACUCCAAACGCCGGCUGAUCUUCUCCAAGAGGAAGCCCUGAGCCGCCCUCUGGAAGCUUCUCGCUCCACUCCCGCCGGCCCCGCCCCUUCGGACCUCCUGCCUUCUUCCUCACUUUGUGCGUCUUAAUUAUUAUUUGUGUUUUAAUUUAAACUCCCUCGUGUAUAUACCCGGCCCUCCCGCCAGCCUCUGGCAUGCGUUAUUUAAAGAGAAAAGCAUUAGGCCGUAGAAUGGAUUGUUCAGAGGGCUGGCGGUUUUUUUUAUUCAAUGAUAUAUUAUUUAAAUCCCUCUCUUCCCAGAUGCUCCCCCCCCCCCCCACCUCCUGGGUGCUCAGACCUGAAUUCCUUUGCAUUUGAGAAGUAACUAGGUAGCACUUUGAAAAGGCCCGGCCAGAGUAGGGAUGGUGUCCGAGUCCCUGGCGCCCCUCACCUCCCGUAGGUGGAGCGCAGUGACACAGGCUGGGGACCAGGGACAUGGGCCUGGCCUAGCCGCCACACCCCCUGCGGCCUUCGAAGGCAGGGAACUGCCAGGUCCUGGAGCAACCCCCCACGCCCACCUCAAGCCCCUUCUGCCCCAGUGUUUGAGCCUUCCUCCCUGUGGGCUCCAAGCCUCCUUUUUUUGGGGGGCCCCCAGCUGUCCCCCUUCCACAGCUGGCUCUCAACGCCCCCUGCUGCUCCCCCC